AUGUCAGCAAACGCGUCGGAGGGUCGGAUUUCCAUGACCGUCCAGAGUAUCAUGGCAGACAACCCCGAUCCGCCUACACCAACAACACAGCAAACACCAUCCACCGCGCCCCCCGAUGCUCGUACCCGAGAACCAGCUGGAUCCAUCAGCACCGCGCCCACCCCGUCCUCCAACGUCUCUCAGCCGUCGCCCUCGAGCGGCACCCCAACGGAGCCACCUCCGCGGAAGAAACGCCCACUCCCCGAAGGUCGACCCGCGGACGACGACGGCAAGUCGGAGUCCCAGGCCUCGGAGCCAUCCCGGAGAAAGCGCCCACUGCCGGAGGGACGUCCUGACGACGGCCCGACCCUGUCUGAACCCCCGGAAUCAUCCCGCAAGAAGCGCACCCUACCUGAAGGUCGUCCAAGUACGGGCCCCUCCCCCGAGCCGUCGGAAUCCUCCCGUCGGUCGCGCCCACUACCCGAAAGACCCUCCUCCGGCCAUUACCUCCGCGAAGAGUCGGAGUCGGGUCCGUCCGUGUCUCCAGUUCUACCCUCUUCCGCCGUGGCUUCCGCCGCAAACCGCCGACGGAGCCACAAAGUCAGCCGCGCAUGCGACUACUGCAAGGCCAAAAAGCUGAAGUGUUCCGGCACCAUCCCCUGCGACGUCUGCACCAAGAAGCGUCUCGCCUGCAUCUACGAUGCAAGCUACCGUCGCGGGAGGCCCCCGACCCCGCCGCCGGCUCCGUCAGCUGGAGUCGAAGUUGCGACCCCAACGACCGACGCCAGUCCUGUCGCUACCGGUACGCCUCGAGCAAGGCCUUCGCAGCAGCCCAUUACCCUUGAAUCUUCGCCAGCCGUUGAGGAGAGCGUCCUCCAGCCAGUGUCAAGGGCAUCACCAGAGGUCGAGAUCGCCGAGAUCGAGGGGCAGUACUUCGACACCACGUCAAGCUUAACCUUCCUCCACCGCGCAUGGAAACGGUUGUCAUCCCAGAGACCAGCUGGUGGCGUCGUUCCCCAUGUUUCUAGUACAAACGAACAGCACCAAACCAUGACAAGGGCAGGCGACAAGCCUUUUGCAUCAGCAACCCACGAGAGCCAUCCGCUCCCCGAGCGAUCAGUUGGUCUGGAGAUGAUGCGCUUCUAUUUUGACGUUUGCGUGGUGACCUACCGCUGUCUUCACCAGGGCUACGUGGUUGAAUGGUUUAAUGUCCUAUUAACAAAUGCGCUAGACAAUGUGCCGUUACACCGUGACAUUGGCCACGCAAAAGCGUCAAUUGUCUUGACCAUCCUUGCCAUCGUCACUCUGCGCAAUAUCAAGGUAAGGGGCACCGAGCCAUCACCAGACGAGGCUUCCGAAUUACGACGCAGCGAUUCCUACUUCUGCCGAGCCACGGGCUUAACGGACCAGGAAACAGGCCUUCCGAAGCUUGAAUCCGCCCAGGCGCGCCUACUGCAGACUUUGUACCUGUUGCAGACGUCACGCAUGAAUCAGGCUUGGUACACAUUUGGCAGUGUACUACCUAUCGUGUCGGCGUUGGGUCUGCAUCGCAAAGCAAGUCGCAAGAGAGCCAGCAACGGCCAGGCCCCUCCAGUCGACUACAUUAUGUCGCAAUGUCGGAAGAGAACCUUUUGGGUGGCCUACACCAUCGACAAGUACCUCGCGGUAGUGUUUGGUCGUCCGAGAAUGUACCACGACGAAGACAUUGACCAGGACUUUCCCGACUGCGUCAACGACGAAGACAUGACUCCCCAGGGCAGAUCGAGCGACGAACCCGAAAUGGACUGCCACGUUGAAUCGCUCAUCUUCCAUGCGAAGCUUGCCCAGCUGAUUGACGGGAUUUCGCGCGAGGUGUACUCGAUCAAACCCAUACCGAAACACGAUCGUCUCUUGGCCGCUCACCGAUACGGACGCGCUCUUCACGAGUGGCGCGAAUCUCUACCGCAUCACCUUGGCACCGUCCGCCCGAUGUCUUUGAUUCCAUCCUUUAGGCGACAAAACACUGCACUGAAGCUGGCAUACUGUCACGCCAUCAUGCACGCCAACCGUCCAUUCCUUCUCGGCACAACGACCUCUCGAGGAGACAGCCAGCCGUCUGCGCUCGACGAUAGUGUAGAGGAAUGUAUCAACGCCGCCAAGACCGCACUCGAGACAGUCGACGCAAUGGCCAGCGACGGAACUUUGUUCCAUGCGUUUUGGUGGACACCCUACGUCACCUUUUGCGCUCUGGCUGUGGUUUAUGUCUGGAAGAUACAAAGGGUAGGAGACGACGAGGACAAAGGACUUUUCGAGCUCGCGGACCGAUGCCAAAACCACCUGGCCAAAGCUACGACGUCCGACAGCCCGAGCAGGCGGUACAGCGUCAUCUUGGAGGAGUUGCGAGAAGAGGCCAAGGGGCCUGAAGCCAGACAACGAGGACCGGAACAAGGAGCGACCUCUGAACAGGCUGAGAGUGGACAGGCAGCGGAUCCUAUGCAAGUUGACGACCCUUCGGCACUCGGCGUGGCACAAUCGGGCGACAUUGGCGCGGUGUUCCAGACACAGGGCUUCGAAGGCAUGACGAACUUUCUGGCAGGCUGGGAGACUACAGACUGGUUAGAUCUAGACUCUUCGGUAUACCGCUACCUUCGCGCAUUUUAA